AUGGUAUACUGGAAACAGCAUGCAGGGAUCAGCCCCGAGUACUUACACUCAGGUACUUCCCCGGAGGCUUGCUUCCAAAUAUCUGACACAGGACGUAAUGGCCAUAUGCCAGUAGAAACUAUACUUAAUUCUGCCGGAAUUCCAAUUCAAAGGGAGGUCAUUUUGAUUCCUGAUGAUGACGAAGUGGAAACAUCAACAAUAAGUAAUAAUACUGGAGGAGGAUCUUCUACCUUGGUAGAAGUCAUCGAAAUACCAGACAGUGAUAGUGAGGAAGAAGACAACGACCCGGCGAUAGAAUUAAUUUACAUUUCGGAUAAUUUAUUGAGAAGAAUAAGAAACGUAGAUCGCAAAGACGUAGGUUAUGUUUUAAGUCUAAGACCAGUAGAACGGCGUUCACCUUCCCCUCGUGAAGGUUUCACCACGGAUUUGACAGAAAAUUUAAAUCUGAUCUGCUUCGAAUGCAACAAACAGUUAACAAACGGAAUGUGUGCCUUAUUUUGUGGACAUGUAGUGUGCGGGAGUUGUGGUGAUGCUUUCGAAUCGGACGAGAAAACUAAUUGCUCAGUUUGUGGAGAGGUCAUAUGUCUUUCAGAAAUUACACAACUUUAUGUUUAA